AUGGCGAACGUCGCGCUGUUUAUCUGGCCGGCCUCCUUUCUUUACCUCUAUUCAUCGUCCGCCCGCGUGCUAACGCUUGUCUCCGCAGAUUUCCAGAACGUUGCGCAGCAGUUUGUUGCUUUCUACUACAACACCUUUGACACCGACCGCACGCAGCUGCAAAGCCUCUACCGCCACCUCUGGACGGUCACCUUUGCCCAGUGUAAUUGGAUGGCUCAGAGGCGACGGCAGACGAACGACAACGAACGAGGCAGAGAAGCUGCCUUUGGGCAUGCAUUGGGCCCCGAUAAAGUUGACACACACUUGCUAACCAAUCGCCGAAACCAGCGCGACAACUCCAUGCUGACGUUCGAGUCGUCCUCGGUCCUCGGUGCCGUCGCCAUUGUCGAGAAGCUCAAGAACCUCCCUUUCCAGCGUGUCAAGCACGUCACGUCCACCCUCGACCCCCAACCCACCGUUGGCGACGGCGUCAUUGUCCUCGUCACUGGCCAGCUGCAGGUCGACGACGAGGAGCGCCCCAUGAACUUCACCCAGGUCUUCCACCUGGCCAAGGACGGCGCCAACUACUUUGUGUACAACGACGUCUUCAAGCUGAUCUUUGGUUAA